AUGUCGGGCUACGCAGCAGGCGGAGGCCACUAUGACGAUGGCUAUGCCAUGCCCCAGCAGGGACAGGCACAUGGCCACGGUGACUCGUACUACCAGGACGAACAUGCCCAGGGGUAUUACGAUCACCAAGGAUAUGCCGAUGGUUACUACGACCAAGGUAACGGCUACUACGGAGCAGCAGAUGGUGGUCAUGGCGCGGACGCAGGCCACGGCUACGCCGAUGGAGGAUACUACGAGGCUGGUCACCAAGAUCAGUACUACGGCGGUGACCAGUACUACGACCAAGGACAAGGAGAUCACGGCCGCGGUCGCCGUGCCCACGAUUCUGAGGAGGAUUCCGAGACUUUCAGCGAUUUCACAAUGAGGUCCGAGACUGCUCGUGCCGCAGAUAUGGAUUACUAUGGUCGCGGAGAUGAGCGGUAUAACAGCUACUCAGACAGCCAGUACGGUGGCCAAGGUGGCUAUGGCUAUCGUCCUCCAUCCUCCCAGGUUUCCUACGGAGGCAACCGAUCAUCCGGUGCAUCAACCCCUGUCUAUGGCAUGGACUAUGGCAACGCCCUUCCUGCGGGCCAGCGCUCGCGAGAGCCUUACCCCGCCUGGACCUCCGACGCCCAAAUCCCUCUCUCGAAAGAGGAGCUCGAGGAUAUCUUCUUGGAUUUGGUCAACAAGUUUGGUUUCCAGCGUGACAGUAUGAGGAACAUGUACGACCACAUGAUGACUAUGUUGGAUUCACGUGCUUCCCGCAUGACCCCGAACCAGGCCCUUCUCUCCAUCCACGCCGACUACAUCGGUGGACAGAACGCCAACUACCGCCGGUGGUAUUUCGCCGCCCACCUCGAUCUGGACGAUGCAGUCGGGUUCGCAAACAUGAAGCUCGGCAAGGCCGACCGCAAGACCCGGAAAGCCCGCAAGGCUGCCGCCAAGGCCGCUAAAAAGAACCCCGAAAACGAGGAGGAAACCCUCGAGGCCUUGGAGGGAGACAACAGUCUGGAAGCCGCGGAAUACCGGUGGAAGUCACGCAUGAACCGCAUGUCUCAGCACGAUCGCGCCCGCCAAAUUGCUUUGUACCUUUUGAUCUGGGGUGAAGCCAAUCAGGUUCGUUUCCUCCCGGAGUGCAUCUGCUUCAUCUUCAAGUGUGCCGAUGAUUACUACACUUCGCCUGAAUGCCAGGCCCGCGUUGAGCCGGUCGAGGAAUUCACCUACCUCAAUGAGAUCAUUACUCCUCUCUAUCACUACUGCAGAGACCAGGGUUAUGAGAUCAUGGACGGCAAGUACGUGCGUCGUGAGAAUGAUCACAACAAGAUCAUCGGUUAUGACGAUAUGAACCAGCUCUUCUGGUACCCCGAGGGAAUCGAGCGCAUUAGCUUCGAGGACAAGACUCGAUUGGUUGAUGUUCCCAUUGCUGAGAGGUGGCCAAAAUUGAAGGACGUGGUUUGGAAGAAGGCCUUCUUCAAGACUUAUAAAGAAACUCGCUCCUGGUUCCACAUGGUGACAAACUUCAACCGUAUCUGGGUUAUUCACCUGGGUGCCUUCUGGUUCUUCACUGCCUAUAACGCUCCGACCCUGUACACUAUCAACUACCAACAACAGCUCGACAACAAACCCGAGACCCCCAAGUAUCUCGCCGCUGUUGGGUUUGGUGGUGCUCUUGUCUCCUUGAUCCAGAUCUUUGCUACCGUCUGUGAAUGGAUGUAUGUUCCCCGUCGCUGGGCUGGUGCUCAGCACCUGCGGAAGCGCUUCAUGUUCCUUCUUGCGGUCUUCAUCAUCAACCUGGCUCCCGGUAUCGUCAUUUUCAGCAUUCUACCCUCGUUAGGCAUGUCAAAGAAGACUGAAGAUGGCAUUGGCCUCGCUCUUGGAAUUGUUCACUUCGUCCUUGCAAUUCUGACAGCAGCAUUCUUCGCAAUUCAGCCGCUUGGCGCACUCUUCGGCAACUACAUGAAGAAGGGAGGCCGUCAAUACGUUGCCAGUCAGACAUUCACAGCCAGUUUCCCUCGUCUUUCUGGAAACGACAUGUGGAUGUCGUAUGGUAUGUGGGUCUGCGUCUUUGGUGCGAAGUUGGCUGAGUCCUACUUCUUCCUGACGCUAUCUUUCAAGGAUCCCAUUCGUAUCUUGUCUCCAAUGCAGAUUCACCAGUGUACUGGUGCCAAGUACAUUGGAAACACAGUCUGCCACCGCCAGCCCCAGAUCCUGCUCGGCCUGAUGGCUUUCAUGGAUUUGACACUCUUCUUCCUGGAUAGUUACCUUUGGUACAUUAUUUGCAACACAAUCUUCUCUGUGGCGCGAUCAUUCUACCUGGGUGUCUCAAUUUGGUCUCCCUGGAGAAACAUCUUCUCCCGGCUCCCGAAGCGUAUUUACUCCAAGGUCCUCGCUACCACUGAUAUGGAGAUCAAAUACAAGCCAAAAGUUCUGAUCUCUCAGGUUUGGAAUGCCAUCAUCAUCUCCAUGUACCGUGAGCAUCUGCUGGCCAUCGACCACGUCCAGAAACUGUUGUAUCACCAGGUUCCCUCUGAGCAGGAAGGCAAGCGCACUCUCCGCGCCCCUACUUUCUUCGUGUCGCAGGAAGAUCAAUCGUUCAAGACCGAAUUCUUCCCCCAGGGCAGUGAGGCAGAGCGUCGUAUUUCUUUCUUCGCUCAGUCACUCUCUACCCCUAUGCCCGAGCCUCUGCCCGUUGAUAACAUGCCCACUUUCACCGUUCUGAUUCCCCACUACAGUGAGAAGAUUCUUCUGUCGCUCCGAGAGAUCAUUCGUGAAGAUGAGCCUUACUCGCGUGUCACUCUGCUUGAAUAUCUGAAGCAGCUUCACCCUCACGAGUGGGACUGCUUUGUCAAAGAUACCAAGAUUCUGGCCGAUGAGACCUCGCAGUUCAAUGGUGAUUACGAGAAACCCGAGAAGGACGCCGCGAAGAGCAAGAUCGAUGAUCUUCCUUUCUACUGCAUUGGUUUCAAGUCUGCCGCUCCUGAGUAUACCCUCCGCACACGAAUUUGGGCCUCCCUCCGAUCCCAGACUCUGUACAGAACCGUGUCUGGCUUCAUGAACUACAGCCGCGCCAUCAAGCUUCUGUACCGUGUUGAGAACCCCGAGGUUGUCCAGAUGUUUGGAGGAAACUCCGAGAAGCUGGAGCGUGAGCUCGAGCGCAUGGCCCGCCGCAAGUUCCGUAUCUGUGUCUCCAUGCAGCGAUACGCCAAGUUCAACAAGGACGAACGUGAAAACACCGAGUUCUUGCUCCGCGCCUAUCCUGAUCUGCAAAUCGCUUACCUUGACGAAGAGCCUCCUGUAACUGAAGGCGAGGAACCCCGCAUCUAUUCGGCUUUGAUUGACGGUCACUGUGAACUCCUCGAGAACAACAUGCGCAAGCCUAAGUUCAGAAUUCAGCUUUCUGGCAACCCCAUUCUCGGAGACGGAAAGUCUGACAACCAGAACCACGCUAUCAUCUUCUACCGCGGUGAAUACAUUCAGCUUAUCGACGCCAACCAGGACAACUACCUUGAAGAAUGCUUGAAGAUUCGCAGUGUCCUGGCCGAGUUCGAGGAAUUGACCACCGACAACGUCUCUCCCUACACUCCUGGAAUUUCCACCCCUGACGAGAACCCCGUUGCCAUUCUUGGAGCCCGUGAAUACAUUUUCUCCGAGAGCGUUGGUGUCCUCGGUGAUGUUGCUGCUUCCAAGGAACAGACAUUCGGUACUCUGUUCGCUCGUACACUUGCACAGAUUGGUGGUAAGCUGCAUUAUGGUCACCCUGAUUUCCUGAAUGCCACUUUCAUGACGACUCGUGGCGGUGUGUCGAAGGCUCAGAAAGGACUGCACCUCAACGAGGAUAUUUACGCUGGUAUGAACGCUAUUCUCCGUGGAGGUCGCAUCAAGCACUGCGAGUACUACCAGUGCGGUAAAGGUCGUGAUCUAGGUUUUGGAUCCAUUCUGAACUUCACCACAAAGAUUGGUACUGGUAUGGGUGAACAAAUGUUGUCUCGAGAGUACUACUAUCUCGGUACCCAAUUGCCUCUCGAUCGCUUCCUCUCUUUCUACUACGCUCACCCUGGAUUCCACUUGAACAACAUGUUCAUCAUGCUUUCGGUGCAAAUGUUCAUGUUUGUGUUGAUUAACUUGGGAGCCCUGAAGCAUGAGACCAUCAUGUGCCGCUACAACUCUGACUUGCCCAUUACGGAUCCUCUCGUGCCCACUCUUUGUGUGAACUUGAUUCCCGUCCUCAACUGGGUCAAUCGUUGUGUUAUUUCCAUCUUCAUCGUGUUCUUCAUCUCGUUCGUGCCCCUUGCCGUCCAGGAAUUGACAGAGAGAGGUGUUUGGCGUAUGGCUACUCGUCUGGCCAAGCACUUUGGUUCAUUCUCCUUCAUGUUCGAGGUGUUCGUCUGCCAGAUCUACGCCAACGCUGUCCACCAGAACUUGUCUUUCGGAGGUGCGCGUUACAUUGGUACCGGCCGUGGUUUCGCAACAGCUCGUAUUCCAUUCGGUGUCCUCUACUCCCGAUUUGCCGCUCCCUCAAUUUACUUGGGUGCUCGUCUCCUGCUCAUGCUGUUGUUCAGUACCACAACUGUCUGGACUCCAGCUCUGAUCUGGUUCUGGGUAUCUCUGCUCGCGCUGUGCAUCUCGCCUUUCCUCUUCAACCCCCAUCAGUUUGCGUGGACCGACUUCUUCAUCGACUACCGCGACUACAUCCGCUGGCUAUCCCGCGGUAAUUCCCGAUCUCAUGCUUCCUCUUGGAUUGGAUUCUGUCGUCUCUCACGUACUCGUAUCACUGGUUACAAACGCAAGCUUCUUGGUGUUCCAUCGGAGAAGGGCUCUGGUGACGUCCCUAGAGCGCGCAUUACCAACAUCUUCUUCAGCGAGAUCAUCGCGCCUUUGCUUGGUGUUGGCGCCACACUGAUCCCCUACCUCUACAUUAACUCUCGGACAAUGUACUCUGAUGAUCCCAAAUGGGCUGCGAACCCCAUCGCUCGUGUGGCGAUCGUUGCUUUCGCUCCCAUUGCUAUCAACGCUGGUGUCGCAGGUAUGUUCUUCGGUAUGGCCUGCUGUAUGGGCCCGUUGUUCGGCAUGUGCUGCAAGAAGUUCGGUGCUGUUCUCGCCGCAAUUGCCCAUGCCAUCGCCGUCAUUGCAUUUUUGAUUCUUUUCCUGGCCAUGUUCUUCCUUGAAUCCCUUAACUGGGCUCGGACUCUCUCUGGCAUGAUCGCUGCGAUGACCCUCCAGCGCUUUGUCUACAAGCUCAUUAUUUCCCUUGCAUUGACGCGUGAAUUCAAGAACGAUCAAUCGAAUAUCGCAUGGUGGACUGGAAAAUGGUACAACAUGGGAUGGCACUCGCUGUCUCAGCCCGGCCGUGAGUUCCUCUGCAAGAUCACCGAACUUGGUUACUUCGCCAACGAUUUCUUCCUGGGCCACAUCCUGUUGUUUGCCAUGCUUCCGAUCCUUGCCAUUCCCUAUGUUGACAAGUUCCAUUCGGUCAUCCUGUUCUGGCUGCGCCCGAGCCGACAAAUCCGCCCUCCCAUCUACUCCCUCAAGCAGUCCAAGCUUCGAAAGAGACGCGUUGUCCGCUUCGCGAUUCUCUACUUCGUCAUGCUUGUCAUCUUUGUCGUCAUCAUCGCUGCGCCCAUCGUUCUUCGGAACACCAAGCAAUUGGACGGCAUCCUGUCAGGCGGCAUCUGGGACAGCCUUGGUGUGGCCUCCACAAGCUCAAUUGGUCUCCUGCAGCCACUUGAUCACGGACUCAAUGACACCGUCUCUUGGUACACCGGCUCUAACAUCCCCAAGGGAUACUCUUCGGGCAGCAUUCCGGCACCAUCUGACGGUACUGGAGUGUGGUCUAUUUAA